CUCCCACUAUGGCACCCAGUGCUCCCCCUUCAUCAAUCAGAGCCACAAUCUGAACUCUGAUCGUCUCGGCUGGGUCAGUGUCUAGGACCUUCUCCAGAGUCUGUGGUCGGUGUGUGGUCGGUAAGCUCGAAGCUACCUCUGGGUCAAGUGAGGACCCCCGGACUGCCAUCAACCCAGCUGGAAUUUCGAAUAGCGUCGACGCACGUGUCUAGGCUCAGGCUCGCUCACCGUGCUCUUCAGCAACAGUUGACGGCUAGCCGUGCGUUCCGUCUGUACAGUAGCUCAGGCGCCAGCCUAACCAUGCAGCAUCACGGCCGUUCGCACAGUCGUUCGUGUUUCGACGGAAAACAGGCUUUUCCAGACUUGUCGGACCUUUUGCUUCCAAUCUCAGUGCUCUUCCGACACCAUCUUCGGAGUCUUGCCUCGUUCUCAUUCUGCCAUCUUCACCACCCGCCAGCGAUCCCUCCCUCUCGUGCUUCUUCGCAUGCCGUUUCCGAAGUACCUGGUGGAGACAUUUGCGUGUAUCUGGAGACACUGUGGAGUCGACAGAUCUCGGUUCAACAAGUCCUUGAACCCAAACAUCCUUGCACAACAAGCCUGACAAGGAGUCAACGUGAACUGUCGCCCCGUUCGCCAGUUCUGGAACCCCAAGGCUGCCCCAGUUGUCAGUCUCGGCAGACACAAGACACAACCCACUCUCGAUCUCGUCGUCGACCUGACGUCACAACGACUCAGCCAACCCCCUUCCGCCUUGCAGGCCUUGCAGAACCGCUGCCCGCGCCCCGGGAGCAAUCAGAAAACCUCUGCCCGCGUGUAUCGACCAAGGGGUGCACCGAGAGAAACGCCCUCACGCGCACUCGACAGCAACACCGAACACCGUCUCUCCUCACUCCUCACUCUCUCUCAACCGCCGCCCAGACUCUCUGAAGCAAGCAAGCAGGCCGAUCGAUCCUCAGGUGGGUUGCCGGCUCUCCAUUCCUUCGCACAGCUGGCGGUCCUGGCCUCGC